GAAAGUGACCACAGCCGAAGCCUAUCCAGCCCUCUGAGCGGUGGGACCGCGACCAAACGGACUCGUUCACCCCCGGUGACUGUUUACCACCUGAGAGAGACACCGAGCGCAGCAGCAGAGGGAGGGAGGGACGCUCGCUUUGGGAGCAGAUUGCUUGUGAAGGAAUCACUGUGGCUGCUUUUUCUGUGUUUUUUUUUCUUAGUGGGGUAAUUGCGCACAGCGGAUCCAUGAAGACGCAGACAGGUUUUUCACUCUGGGCACCAGCAGACAGCGGGAACAGGGAGUGAUUCACCCCGCUGCCUCCAGCCACCCAUGCCGGGCAUUAGCUCCACCGCUCCUCGUUAUGAAAACCGGGACAUGGACCACCUCGACCACUACCAACAUUAUUUCUACGACGACCACGACCCGGACGAGGAUUUCUUCAAGUCCACUGCGCCCAGCGAGGACAUAUGGAAGAAAUUCGAGCUGGUGCCGACCCCGCCCAUGUCCCCUAUCCGGGCGGUGGAAGGGUCGGGCAGGGUCGGACUGCUCUACCCGUCUCUCGGAGACAAGCUGGAGUGGGUGUCCCAGUUCUUGGGGCAGGAGGAUGAGCAGCAGCAGCAUCAGCAGGAUGUGCCGUGCAAGCUGGCUACGACCGGCGAUUCGUUCGGGAACCUAAGCUCCAUCAUCAUCCAGGACUGCAUGUGGAGCGGCUUCUCGGCCGGACAGCAGCUGGAGAGAGUUGUAGGGGAGCGGUACUCUGCCUGUCCCGGGACCGGAGUGGCCGCUAAAGUCGCAGCCGGGUCCGCACUCACCUCCCCCGGGAGGGUGCAGAGUGGCCCCGGUGACACUGUUGCCCUCGGCGGCUUGGCUGCGGACUGCGUGGACCCCGCCGCGGUUCUCACGUUCCCCAUAACAGGCGGAUGCAAGAAACAAGUGUCUUCUGGUUCCGAGUCACAGAGCGACUCUUCAGAUGAUGAUGACGACAAAGAUGAGGAUGAAGAGGAGAUUGAUGUGGUCACGGUGGAGCACAAGCAGCAGCGUAAACCUCGCCGACUGGUCAACACCCGCAAGCCAGUGACCAUCACGGUGCGAGCUGACCCCUUCGACCCCGGCAUGAAGCGUUUCCACAUCUCCAUCCACCAACAGCAGCACAACUACGCCGCCCCCUCCCCGGACACUCUGCCGACAGCGCCCGAGCCGCCGCGGAAGAGGGUUCGGCAGGAGAACGCAUCGGCUCAGGCGACGCCGCCGCCUGCCCAGAACUCUAGUUCCCACCAGCCCCGGCCUGGCCACGCCCCGCUGAACUUGGACAGCAGAAAGCCUCACGUGACCGUGGCCAGGUCGGAGUCACCUAACCUCAGCGCCUCCUCUCCUACCUCCUCCGCCUCGCCGUCAUCUCCUUCCUCCUCCUCCUCAUCCCACCCCCAGAGCUCCCCUUCAAAGCCCCCCUCCUUCUUGCACCUCUCUAGCCCGCAGUCGUCCGACUGCGAGGACACCGACAAGCGCAAGGCGCACAACUUUCUUGAGCGCAAGCGGCGGAACGACCUGCGCUCGCGUUUCCUGUCGCUGCGGGACGAGAUCCCGGGCUUGGCGGACUGCCCCAAGACUCCCAAGGUGGCCAUCCUGACCCGAGCCACCGAGUACCUGCAGCAGCUGCACGCCAGCGACCGACAGAAGGCUCAGGAGAGGAAGCAGCUGAAAGCCCGGCAGCUGCAGCUGCUGCAGAGGCUGGCGCAGCUUAAGCGCUCCUGAAUCUGACCCGGCACCUCACACGUACACUCACAGGACUGAACGGGACUCUGUGAGGAUGAAAAAACACUAAUGUUCACUUGGAAUAGUGCGGGUGGAUUUCAUUUUUUUCCUUUUCUUUUGUUUUUCUUGUUUUUGUUUGUUUUGUGGUUUGCACAUUAGCUUCUGAGUGACUGACGAGGCCACAAGCCGUCAUGACAGCAAGCUUAGGGACUGAUGAUCGCACGGGGGCAUCCGUGGAUCGGUGUAUGCGUGGGCUUUCAGUUUUAGGUUUGUCCAGCCCCCCCCCCCAUCAUGAAAUAUUGUCCACACUGUCGCUCGUUACGGCCUGCCGCGUUUGUUUGACGAAACUGCCGCGACUGUGUCGUUAACUGCUGCACCGCCUCCUCGAUUGUGACAGACUCUUGUCGCGCUUGCACAGCUGCGACAUCUCCCUGCGAUGUCUUUGUGUACUUUCCAUCACAUGGCCCCCAAGUUCUUGAUAUCCAACAUGUUGACCCUUUGUUUUUCUUUUUAUCUGUCAUUGUCCUCAAAUCUCUUUCCCUUUCUUGUUUUCGUCACACUACUUCCAUCCCCUACCCCCUUUCUAACCUCUGGCCAGCCAGAGAUGCGGAGCAGUUAAUGAUGCAGUGUUAUCGUGCGCAUCUCGAGCAGAUGAAGUCCCGACUCCUCUGCCUGCAGGUUCCAGAUUGCAGCUUUCGGUAUCUUACCCCCUCAAUCGUCAGACGUUUCAAAAGCAUCGGCUUUGCCCUUCUAUUUCGUAGCGUUAUUUGGAGAACAUAGAAAUUUAGCAAAAAUCCCAAGAAUGUUCCCCCCUGUCUUUUCUUAUUGUGCCAUGGAGAGCAGCCAGAAGAUGAAUGUCAGCAUCCCUUAGUUAACUAAGAGAAACUUUUAGAAGGACCUGAUUUGAAAUCUUUGUCCCCCCCCCUCAAAAAAAUGCCUGUAGAUGAAGCCCACUGAGGGUCAGCUGUAUGUUUUUCAUCUUGCUGUCUCAUGAAGUUUUUUUUUUUUUCCUGUUUUUUGCAUUGAUGUAAUGCCUUUAGAAGCCUUUCAGUGUAUGUAGACUGUCCAGUUGGAUGUUAUGUAUAUAGUACACUUCCUGUACAGUCCCUUCCAAACCAAAACCAGAGCUGUCUACUAUACUCGCCCUAGUUGGUUUUUUGUUUUUUGGCUCAAGCUUGCUGGCUUUUCAGAGACAACUCAAAGCUUCUAUUUUUGUUAAUAAAAUGAUUAUUAAAAGGAAAAAAAAAAGUCAAAAUAAAACACUUUGAACGUUGAUCACACUAGUCACUUUGUCACAAUGUUUUUCAUUUGUUAUUGUUUUCAGAGCCUCCUUGUUUUCAUACUUGUGUGUUUCUGGGGUUUCUUCAUUUGUUUAAAGAAUAAAUCAGACCAGGCAGAAGUUUUUAUACUAUAUUUUCCUACCAAGUUGUGUUUCAGUGUGAGCUAAUGACUGUUUUUUGGUUAAUCGCAGUGGACUGGGCUUUAUUGGUGGUUUAUGUGCUGAAAGUUGUGUAUCUUGAUUGGAUACCCCACCACAAACAAUUCAAUCACUAUAGCUGUAACGCUCUUAGAUCUAGUGCAGGUGUUAUGGAUGGUGUGUGUGGACUUAAGAGGAUCUACUGAUGAAACUUUCGGCUGUGUGUAGCCUUGAUGUCGAUGCUUUCUGCUUUUUCUUUUUUUGUUUUCCUGUUUUUGUGCAAGCCUGGUGCUGCCUGUUGUCCUGUAAGCCAUGCAAUAGGACACUGUAGCCCCGGAUCGAGUACUGUAAACGAUGAGUAGCAUGUCCAGCUUCGCCCGCUCUCAGGAAAAUCCAUGUAGUCUGCAGCUUUUGUAUCAGGGCUGUAGACUGUGCUUUUGGAAGGGGGGGGGGGGG